CUUUUGUUAACAGCUCUGGUGGAACAAAACCCCGAGGACAUGGGCGAUCUGUACCUUGACGUGGCAGAAGCGUUCCUUGACAUCGGGGAAUACAAUUCUGCGCUCCCCCUCUUGAGUUCCCUGGUCUGCUCAGAAAGAUACAACUUAGCCGUCGUUUGGCUCCGCCACGCAGAGUGCUUAAAGGCCCUGGGCUACAUCGAGCAGGCGGCGGAGAGCUACGACAAAGUGGUCGACUUGGCCCCUCUGCACUUGGACGCCAGGAUCUCCCUCUCGACCCUUCAGCAGCAGCUGGGCCGGCCGGAGAAAGCCCUGGAGGCCCUCGAGCCCAUGUACGACCCGGACACGCUGGCGCAGGAUGCCAACGCCGCACAGCAG